AUGAUGGAGAGGUCAACUAGAAUGACCUUUGCCUCCAACUCAACCAGCAAGACCUACGUCAGCGCAUCAACAAUCGUCACCGCCAACGCGACGCCACCGAGCAACCGCGGCCGACGGGGCGACAACCGUCCACGACGACCCCGCCAUGACUACGAGCCCGGCAACGACCUCGGCGGCUUCUCCGCCUUCCCCAGUCGGCUCCGGGCCAUCCAGUGGCCCGCCACCUUCAAGCCUACCGGGAUCGAGAAGUACGACGGCGAGGCGGACCCCAAGACCUGGCUGCGCACCUACUCCAUCGCCGUCCGAGCUGCGCGCAGUGACAACGACCUCAUGGCCGCCUACUUCCCGUACUACCAGGCAUCAUGCACGGGUCCCAAAACCAGAUGGGAUCUGGCCAGCGUCAAGCAACAACCGGACGAGUCCCUCCGCGACUAUAUCAAGAGGUAUUUUGCUAACCGUAAUACCAUUACGGAAGCUGAUGACAGGGACAUCAUCCACUACUUCAAUGAAGGCCUCCAUAACAUCAAAUUAUGGAGGAAGAUGUUUGAGAGAAACCCUAAGACCGUGGGCGACAUGAUGUUGGUCGUCAACAAGCACGCCGACAUGGAAGAUGCCGAGCGAGCUCACCGCCAGCACAAGACCGAGAACGACUACUACGAGCGUCCCCCUCAGCGGGACAACCACUCGGAACGCCAUCGUGACGAUCGCCCACCUCGUCACGGGAAGAAGCACGACCGCGCCGAGUCGUCCAAGAACCGGGACCGCAAGCGUGGCCUCGAGAACACAGUCGCCGAAAGAUCCCAAUUUCGUUCCACUCUCAACCAAGCGGACCUAGAUCGGCUCCUGGAUGGCCAUUUUCGCUACACCCGGGAAUGCCGAGCCCUCUCCAACGGCGUCAUCAAGGACGACGACCCCAAGCGACCCCGCCGCGACGACCGCGACAGGCCAGGUGGUUCCAGAACCACCCGGGUGCGCCCACGGAGGCGCAACUCGCCCAGGCGAGACGACGACGAGCAGAGGGAAGAUUCCCCAGGGAACUUCCAGGAAGAAGAUAGGGCCGUCAACUUCAUAUACGACAGACCCAGCAAGCCAUCAUGCCGGCGCAAGCUUAAGCUGGAUGAUUGCGAAGUCAACUUGGUGUUCAAGCACUCAGUUGAACCCCUCUGGUGGUCGGAGACGCCUAUCACCUUCGACCGCCGCAACCACUGGGUCCACCUGCCCAGGCCGGGUGCCUACCCCCUCAUGGUUAGCCCGAUGGUGAGACAGGUCUGCCUGGCCAAAGUACUCGUCGACGGUGGCAGCACCCUCGACAUCAUCUUCGCCAGCACAUUGGAGAGCAUGGGCUACGACAUGACCUCCCUGGUCCCAUCUGAUCAGGCCCUCUACGGCAUCAUCCCCGGAGCCGGGUCGACUCUGGUUGGCCGGGCCACCUUGCCGGUCACCUUCGGCACCUGCGACAACUACCGCACCGAGUACGUCAACUUCGAGGUCGCCGAGUUCGAGACCUCCUACCAUGCCAUCCUGGGAAGACCCUCCCUCGCCAAGUUCAUGGAGAUCCCCAACCACAUGUAUCUUUUCCUGAAGAUGCCAGCUCCAAAGGGGGAAGCAAAGAACCACCCGGCGGACCAGCAGCUGAUCCCCGCCAAGGAGUUGACUUUUGAGUCGCAGCUAAUGACAGCCGUGGCGACCAAGACCAUCGUCCUCCGGUACGAUGAACCGCACAAGACUGUCGUGAUCAGGGCCAGCCUCGACUCGGCGUAG